UCUUGGCUUCUUGGGUUUGCUGUUCAAAACGUGUGCCGGGUCGUUUUCUUUCGGGUUUGGGUUUCACUUACCCGACUGUGACUUUUUCGGAAUUUGAUCUCAACCGUCCAGAUUGAUUAAAAUUUCCGCGCCAAACAAGCGCAAGGGACAUUGACGGUGUGAUCAUGUGGCAGGCAACUAAUGAAUAAGGCAAAUUGCCGUGGAUAAUGGAUGAGCAAAUGGGCUUAUGGUACUGAUCCGAUUUUCUUGGCUUGAUUGUUGAGAUUGAAAGUGUUUGAAAAAUUGCCUGAGUGAGUGUAAUACAGGAAAGUCAUAUCAAUCUCAUUACUUGGAAAUCCAUUACGGUCCCGGUGGAGCUGGGAUUCUGGAGCUUGAGGUCCGGGUGUGAUUUCCCUUUUCGUGUGGGUGUUAAUAAUGUUUGCUUCAACUUCUGUAAGAGCCGCUUCUCGCUCUUCUCCAAGUGCCAUCAAAAGGGGCUCUUUUGUCUGGUUCAGUUGUCUAGCACAAAAUGUUUUCAAUCUCUCUCUGCCAACCAUAACACGUUUUAGACAGUCUCUUUAUUGCAAUAUGUGUAUGCAAAGGCAAAGAUACAGUGUAUUGACGUCUUUCUUAGAAGUUCCAUGUGUAUCCUCCUCAUUCGAUUCUUCAUUGGUGCGGAGAUCAAAUAUUUUUGACUGUCAAAGUGUUCUUAGAAACUGUCCGCCUGCUAGAUGCAUGAGUAGUACAUCAAUUGAGCUGAAGACAAAAAAUGAUGUUGUGAGGUUUUCAUUUGGUAAGCCACUUGAUAAAACUGGUUCCUCAACCAAAGGGAAGAAGAUGGCCAAACGAGCUGAAGUGUCCAAGAAGGCCAAACUGAAUGAACUGCGAUUUUACCGUCUGAAGGCCAAGAAGAAGAUGAAUUCUCCAAAUCCAGAAGUUAGAAUUAGAUACAAACUUGAAAAGGCAAAACGAAAGGAAGCAUGGUUGAUUGAGAAGUUGAUGAAAUUUGAGGUUGCCAGAGCCCCUGCUGAUAUACAUGAUCCUGAAAUUUUAACUGAAGAAGAAAAACAUUAUCUUAAGAGAACUGGUGAGAAAAAGAAGAAUUAUGUCCCAGUGGGAAGGCGGGGAGUAUUUGGAGGUGUGGUUCUAAAUAUGCAUUUGCAUUGGAAGAAGCAUGAGACAGUAAAGGUGAUUUGCAAGCCUUGUAAGCCAGGACAGGUUCAGGAAUAUGCUCAAGAGCUUGCUAGACUGAGUAAAGGCAUUGUGAUUGACAUAAAACCUAAUAAUACUGUAAUUUUCUACCGGGGAAAGAACUAUGUUCAGCCGAAAGUAAUGUCACCUGCAGAUACACUAUCUAAAAAUAAGGCCCUGGAAAAAUAUAAGUAUGAGCAGUCCCUUGAACAUACAAGUCAGUUCAUUGAAAAACUGGGGAAAGAACUGGAAGAGUAUCACAAGCACCUUGCUCGGUUUAAGAAAGUAAAUGAGAAUGCAACACAAGUCUUUGAUCAAUACAUGAAUGGUAAGCUUGCCAGUUAACCCUUCUUCCAAACCCCAAGUCUCCUCUGCAGUCGCACAAAAUUUGGCUAGGGACAGUGAUUGGCAAAAGCUCCAAAAUCUGAGUAUCUGAAGGGCUAUCAAAACGACCCACAAAAUCUGAUAUUGUGCCUUGCAUGUGUUCUUUGGUCUCUCUCUCUCUCUCUCUCUCUCUCUCUCUAUAUAUAUAUAUAUAUAUAUACAUAUAUAUGUGUGUGUGUGUGUGUGUGUGUGUGUUAAGGAUGUCCUUAUUGUAAGAAAAGUGUCCUUCAUAGGGCUAGGUCACAAUGCAUUUCAACAAUCGGGCCAUCUAUAUUUUAGGUUAUCCUUCAAGAGUUAUCCCUGCAAUCUGGCAAGUGCAGGUUAUGAACAAUAAUUACAACGCUGAAGAUGGUAAUGCAAAUGCAAGGAAUGAGAGUGACUUGGGAAAAAUUUCAGA